CUCUGGUAAGAAGAGGUCCCGCUGCCUGUGAAGAUCCUGAGCGGCUCUUGUUCCUUUCUCUUUCUUUAUCGUUUUCUGUCUUGGCCUUAACUGAGGAGCUUGCAGCUUUGGCGUUCACGCUGUCAAACCGACGCGAUAGAGGACAGCCGCGAACUCCUCCUGCAUCAUUUUUGCUUAUUUGAAGUGGACUGCCCCGUGAGAGAUGCUAAGGUUGAUCUUUUUAGCCGCUCUGGCAGGUUUCACUCGGGCCAGUGACGUGCUCGAGUACACGGAUGAUGACUUUGAAAGCAGGAUUGGAAAUCAUGAUCUGGCUCUCGUGGAAUUUUUUGCUCCUUGGUGUGGUCAUUGUAAACGACUGGCCCCUGAAUACGAAGCAGCAGCCACACGCUUGAAAGGCAUUGUUCCACUCGUUAAGGUCGACUGCACCGCCAACAGCAACAUAUGCAGCAAGUAUGGCGUCAGCGGGUACCCAACUUUGAAGAUCUUCAGAGAUGGAGAGGAAUCUGGUCCUUACGAUGGUCCCAGAAGUGCAGAUGGGAUCGUCAGUUUUCUGAAGAAGCAGGCUGGCCCAGCUUCAGUGGAGCUCAAGACGGAUGCUGACUUUGAGAAGUUCAUCGGAGAUCAAGAUGCAAGUGUUGUUGGGUUCUUCGCCGAUCAGAGCACUUCACAGGCCGAGUUCUUGAAGGCAGCCAGCGCCUUGAGGGACGACUAUCGCUUUGCCCACACCAACUCUGAAGCUCUUCUUAAGAGCAACGGCAUUGAUGAAGAGGGAGUCGUCCUAUUCCGCCCGCCUCGCCUCAACAACAAGUUCGAGGAGAACUCUGUCAAAUUCACAGAAGACAAAUUCACCAGCAACAAAAUCAAGAAGUUUAUUCAGGAGAACAUCUUUGGAAUCUGUCCACACAUGACUGACGAUAACAAAGAUCAGUUGAAAGGAAAAGAUCUGCUGGUGGCUUAUUAUGAGGUCGAUUAUGACAAGAACCCCAAAGGUUCCAACUACUGGAGGAAUAGAGUGAUGAAGGUGGCAAAAAGCUUCCUGGAUCAGGGCAAGAAGCUUAACUUCGCUGUGGCCAACAAGAACACGUUCAGCCACGAAGUGUCGGAGUUCGGGCUGAGCAGCAGCUCGGGGGAGCUCCCCGUAGUGGCCAUCCGCACCUCCAAGGGCGACAAAUACGUCAUGACGGAGGAGUUCUCACGUGACGGAAAAGCUCUGGAGCGUUUCCUGCAGGACUACUUUGAUGGGAAGCUGAAACGCUACCUUAAAUCUGAGCCCAUUCCAGAGGACAACGACGGCCCUGUUAAGGUCUUGGUGGCUGAGAACUUUGACUCCAUCGUCAACGACGACAGCAAAGAUGUUCUGAUUGAGUUCUACGCCCCGUGGUGCGGACACUGCAAGAACCUGGAGCCCAAAUACAACGAGCUGGGAGAAAAGCUGGCCAAUGAUCCCAACGUUGUCAUUGCCAAGAUGGACGCUACAGCCAAUGACGUUCCAUCUCCGUAUGAAGUCAGCGGUUUCCCCACGAUCUACUUCUCUCCAGCCGGUCGCAAGACGUCCCCAAAGAAAUAUGAAGGAGGUCGGGAGGUCAGCGACUUCAUCUCCUACCUGAAGAGAGAGGCCUCCAACCCGUUAGUGAUGCAGGAAGAGCCCAAGAAGAAGAAGAAGGAUGACAAGUCAGAGCUAUAAGACGUCCAAACAGGAACUGAAACCCCACACGCGUCAUCACCAGGAGGAAUGGGAUUGGGGCAAAGAACUAAAUUAUAGUCCACUAUUUUAGUGAACUGCAGAAUGCCGUGGACCUGAAGUCCAAGUUUUCCUUCCAUUGGUCUUCUGCUGCUCUGGGAAUUCUGUGGAGGGAUGGUGGCCAGGGUCUCAAAACUGAAACCUUUUUUCUUUUUUUGUAUUUUUUUUUUUUUGUCUUGGAGAAUGAGGGGCAGCUUAUGUGGGGAAAAUGAUUUCUUUGGUCUGUCUACGACACCACAGACUGAUGCACUUUGGUUUAAUGUCAGUUUCUGAUCAUCUGUUGCUUUAGAUGUCCUCGCCAUCAUGGGAUUUUCCUUAUUCCGUAACUGGUCUCCCCCCCCCCCCCUUUUUUUUUUUUUUUU